CACCUGCGGCACCUGCCCCUGCCCUGCCCCGCWCCGAGACUCCUCCCCGGCCGCACCGCCCGCUCCCGGCUCCCUCCGCCGCCUUCCAUCCCCUCCCGAGCCGGCCCGGGCCGCUCCGGCAGCCCCAGAAAACAAGGAACAAAAAUAUCCUCCUGUGACAUUUGUCUCUAAGUUGGGGCAGAGCUGCACUUCCCRGGGGCUGUGAAGAGCUGGGCAAGGAUGGAUGGGACAUAAAACAGAGCAGAAAUCCUGGAGCCUYGGUCACCAGUCUGAUGGACUUAUUGUUCACACCUUGCUUCCCAACACUUGAAUUGUUUCUGUACUGUUGACAAAGGAAAAAAAUGACCUCUACUGUAGGUCCUCCGCCAUGCUACGAGAACCGGGGCUUUCAGCCAGAGCCCGUCUACKCUGCCAGGCAGGCAGGAGGUGCUAAUCCUUACCCCCAGUACUUCGCCACAAACGCUCCCUCGGUGCCAAGCUUCGUCCCCAGGGUCGCCACCCACCAGUCCACCAGGCCAGUAGCACAGCCACCCAGGAGAACUUGUGCAGCCAGUCURAGGAAAACCAUAAUAAUUUUAUUAUCUAUAUUAAUAGUAAUUUGUUGUGCAAUUGCUGCUUUCUUCAUCUGGUAUUUUGUAGAGAAUCACUGUCUGAGCUCGCUGAUCGAGUGUGGAUCCUCAGGAGUGUGCAUGCCGCCCUCGCAGUGGUGCGACGGAGUGAGCGACUGCCCCAACGGGGAGGACGAGAACCGCUGUGUUAGACUUUUUGGACCAAAUUUUAUCCUGGAAGUUUAUUCACCUGUCAGCAAGUCCUGGUAUCCUGUUUGCCACGAUGACUGGAAUGACAACUAUGGGAAGAUCGCAUGCAAAGACAUGGGCUACAGCRCAGACACCUAUUUCUACAGUCGUGGGGUAGCGCCCGGGGCCAGCUUUAAGAGCUUCAUGAAGCUGAACACAAGCGCUGGGAACAUAGACUUGUACAAAAAGCUGUACAGCAGUGAUUCCUGUGCCUCAGGAAACGUGGUUUCUCUGCGCUGCAUAGAGUGUGGCCUGUCCAGCAAGAGCGCGACCAUCAUGAACAGGAUCGUGGGGGGCAGCGGGGCYGUGCUGGGCCAGUGGCCGUGGCAGGUCAGCCUCCACGUGCAGGGCACCCACGUCUGYGGCGGCUCCAUCAUCACCCGCCACUGGAUCGUCACAGCAGCACACUGUGUGGAAGGGCGAUUYUCUGACCCACGCAGCUGGAGGGUUUAUGCUGGGAUCCUGAACCAGGACGAGAUGCUCUUCAGGAGUGGGUACAGAGUGCAACAGAUAAUUUCCCAUCCRGAUUAUGACACAGACUCUAAAGACAAUGAUGUUGCUCUUAUGAAGCUGGAGACACCACUGAGUUUUACUGAAACUGUGAGGCCAGUUUGCCUGCCCAACCCAGGAAUGAUGUUCCAGCCGAACCAGCAGUGCUGGAUAUCAGGCUGGGGAGCAGARUACCAAGGAGGUAAAACAUCGAAUAACUUGAAUUUCGUGGCRGUGCCCUUGAUAGAACGUUCGAGGUGUAAUGCAGGUUUUAUCUACAAUGGCAUGAUUCUGCCCACCAUGAUCUGUGCUGGAGACCUGGCAGGAGGAAUUGAUUCCUGUCAGGGUGACAGCGGAGGUCCCCUGGUGACCCACCACCACUCGGUGUGGUGGCUGGUUGGGGACACCAGCUGGGGCACGGGCUGUGCCACCCCCAACAAACCCGGAGUGUACGGGAACAUGACUGUGUUUACAGAYUGGAUUUAUAAAAACAUGCAGGCAAACAGAUGACAACGCUCUC